GCCGGCCCCUGUGCCCACGGGGAGGCGGAGCAAACUGAGGGAGGGGAGGAGACACGGGGUUCAUUUGCAUAGCGGCCCGGCGUGUGCGACUGGGGGAGGUGGUGUUUGUGCCCGGGGCGCGUUGCGAGUUUAAAUCCACAGCGGCGGCGGCAGUACAGCAGGGGCGGCAGCGGCUGCUCGGGCGGGAGCUGCCGCGGGACGCGAGGGCGCAGUCCUCCAGGAAGGUAUGAAGGAGAGUGUUGCUGCAGAUACUAAGAAUUUCUUGGAAGAGAAGAAACCAAACACAAAAACCACUGCUGUUUGAUACGUGAUCUUGGUUUUUCUAGUUCCACUGUGCUGUAAGAAGCUGUUUAUCAAGCGGCAGUGACUUAACCAAAUACAGGAUGGGAGUAAGUUCAUAAAUUUCUGACAACUUAUAUCAAAAUUGCUAUGGAGGAUUUCAACUGACAACUGCUUUUUAUGAACCACUACUUAAAAGGGCUAAGAUGGAUAGCACAGAGGAACCUCAGAAAAAAGUCUUUAAAGCACGAAAAACCAUGAGAGUAAGUGAUCGGCAUCAACUUGAAGCUGUCUAUAAGGUUAAAGAGGAGCUGUUGAAGACAACUGAAGUGAAACUGGUAAAUGGAAAACAUGAAAAUGGAGACUCUGAUAUAAAUUCCCCUUUAAGCAAUACAGAUUGUACAGAAGUCAAGAAAGAAAUUAAUGGUGUGGUUGAAUUGUGUGUUAACUCUGAAGAAGGAAGAACAGCUUGUGAUGAAAUUAGUGAGACCAAAAGCCCUGAAGAUAGGGCAGGAAACAUGGCCAAUGACAUAGAAUCCAAACCUCCAGUGCUGUCUUCAGAAAAUGUUACACCUGAACAAGCUAAAGAUACUGACAUUGCAGUAAAAUGUGAGGCUGAAAAUGGAGUUGGUAGCAGUAAAGAUAACUUCCAUGAAGAAAAUAAUAAAAAAGAUCAUUUGGACCAAAGAAAGAAUGAUAUCUCAUUGGAAGGUGAAAGUAAACCAGUCUGUGAUAUUAGUGACUCUUCCGAAGAGAAGGGAGAAACAAAUUAUUUACCUGUUAAUUCAAGUUCAUCUGGUGAGGAAAAGAGGACUGAAGAAGUAACUGCUGAAGAGAUUGUUGGAGAAGCAGCCAUCUCUAGCAGUAUGGAAGUUGACCAGGAAAAGCAAGAAGGCAGUGCAGGACCUGCAGAAACCACUGUUUCGAAGACAAUAGAUGAGCCAAGUGAAAGUAUCUUAGACAAUACGGACUCUAUGGAAACAGAUGACAUUAUUCCAAUUCUGGAAAAACUAGCCCCUGCUGAAGAUGAUCUGAGCUGUUUUUCUAAAAGUUCUCUGCUUCCAGUGGAUGACACAGUGGCAGAUUUGGAAGAGAAAAUAGACAAUUGUUUGGGUUCACCAUCCAAGCAGGAAAGCAAUGAAAGCCUGCCAAAAGAGGCUUUCUUAGUACUGUCUGAUGAAGACGAUCCCUGUGAUGAGAAGGAGGAACUUGUUGAAGGGAUAUUGCCAAGCAAGUCAAGUCUUCUAGAAGAGGUGGAGGGGGAGAGAAAAAAGGAAUGUGAAGAUAAAGAAGAAGAAGAGGCUCACAAAGAAGAGGAGAUACAAAUAGAGAAAAAUGAAGCAUCAAAGAGAAAGCGUUCCAAAUCUGAGGACAUGGACAAUGUUCGUUCUAAACAUCCUCGGUACAUGAGAGAAGAUUAUGAAGCAGAACUCCAAGUCAAAAUUACUGCCAGAAAGGAUGUUGACCUAAAAUUACAAAAGAUUAUCCAGAGACUGUUAGAAGAAAAACUUACCGCUUUACAGUGUGCAGUGUUUGACAAGACUCUGGCAGACUUGAAAACCCGAAUGGAGAAAGUAGAAUGCAACAAAAGGCAUAAAACUGUGCUUACUGAAAUGCAGGCUAAAAUUGCAAGAUUGACAAAGCGGGUUGGAGCAGCUAAGGAGGACUUGAAGAAGAGACAGGAAAAUGUGGCAAAUGCACCUGUAUCUCCAGGGAAAGCAGCACCUGACCCUGCAAAUGUAAACAAUGCCACGUGUCGAAAUGCUGGCACAGUAAGGCAGAUGCUGGAGUCAAAGAGGAAUGUAGGAGAGAGCACACCAGCAACUUUUCAAGCCCCUGCGAAUCCAGUGCCUGCUUCCAGUCUUGCUGCUUCUCCAGCAGUUGUCAGUGGACUUCCUAAGCUUCAGACUCCAGUGUCCUCCACCAGCUCUUUGACAACAGCAGUGCUUCCCACAGCUAACACGGCUACAGUUGUAGGCACUAACACAGUGCCCACUGGCAGCACUCAGUCAGUGUCUGUCUCAUUGCAGUCUUUGCCUGUAAUCCUGCAUGUACCUGUGGCAGUGUCAUCCCAGACUCAGCUUCUGCAAGGCCACACAGGGACUUUGGUCUCUAACCAGCCCUCAGGCAACGUUGAAUUCAUAUCUGUACAAAACUCGUCUACAGUUGGUAGUCUUACCAAAACGACAGUGUCUUUGGCAUCAACUAACACAACUAAACCAAAUAACAUCCCACUUGUGCCCAGUCCUGGUAUUCUGAGGAACUCUGCAGCCAGUGCUGGGUCAAUAGGCACAACGUUGGCAGUACAGGCUGUUCCUACUUCACAUCCUGUUGCCCAGACCACAAGGACUUCUUUGCCUGCAGUGGGUACUCCAGGACUUUAUAAUGCAACUGCCAGUCGAGCGCCCCUACAGAUGAAGCUUCCUCUCUCUGCAUUUAAUAGUACAGCUCCUACUGAACCACCCCCCCUUGCAGCACCCAAGAUUGAAAACCAGACAAGCAGGCCACCAACAGAUACUUCAUCAAACAAGCGACCUGCUGAGGGAACAACACAGCAGUUGAAACAGGAAGAGACUCCAUCAGAAAAUAAAGAAGCAGUAGAAGCAGCACAGAUGAAUUUUAACUUCCCUGAGGAUGUUCUCUUUGGCUUGGAGGAAGAGGAAGAGGAUGCUAAGAGCAUCAAAAACACCCACAAGCAGACUGGCUGGGCAGCUAACCUAUUAAAACAGUGGCUGGCCAAAAAUGGCAAGGAUCCUAGCUUUGAAUUGGUCCCAGUGAGUGAACUCAAUGAUAUCUUAAGAGAGUUUUAUUACACAAUAAGAAAUCACGAUGGAAAUACCUACAGUGUGGCAAGCUACAAGUCAAUGCGUGCCGGCUUAAACCGGCAUCUCAAAAUGCCGCCUUACAAUCGUCAGAUUUGCUUAAUGAAGGACAAAGAGUUUGCCAGUGCAAACAUGGUGUUUGUGAGCGUGCUGAAGAUGCUGCGCAUGCAGGGGAAGGAUGAGACUCACCACCAUCCUCCUAUAGCUGCCGAGGACUUGCGUAAGAUUAAGCAAUCUGGUGUGCUGGGUUUGCACAGUCCCCUGGCACUCGUCAACAAGGUGUGGUUUGACUUGCAGUUGCAUUUUGCCAAGCGAGGGAGGGAAAUUCUGAGAGAUCUGGCUCCAGAUGCAUUUGUGGUUAAGAUGGACAAGAAUGGGCGUCGAUACGCUAUGUUUAGAUACCCUGGCAAAGGCAAAAAUGGAGAAGAUCCUCAUAAAAUGGGUAAAAUGUAUGAUAUGCCUGGGGACCCAAACUGUCCUGUAUUUUCCUUGGAACUUUAUUUGUCCAAGUUGCCUCCAGAGCCCCCUGCCUUUUACCUGCACCCUCUAAAGCUAACGUCAGAGCAAAUGCAAGAACAGCCUGUCUGGUACAAAAGAGAACCAAUGGGUGUGAACUACCUGGGUACCAUGAUGCCCAGGAUAAGUGUGGCAGCCAGGCUCUCUCAGCGGUACACCAAUCAUUCUCUCCGAACUACCACCAUCCAGCUACUGUGUGAAGCAGGGCUGGGGCCUAGGGAAAUAAUGGCAGUGACAGGCCAUCGCUCCGAAUCUGCUAUUAGGCACUACUGGGGAUCUGCAGAGGUUCGCUACAGGGCCUGGUCAGAUAUCAUGGAAAAGAAUGCCCCCAGUUGUCGAUAUAGCAAGAUCCCAAAUGAAGAGAGAAAAGAAUCCGUAUCUGGUGCAUCCACCUCCUCUGUGAAACGUACUGUUCUAGAACAAAACAAAAGUUUAUUCCCUGCAAAAUCAGUGGUGCCACCUGGCACUAACUCUGUGGCUUUAGUCCCUGAGGGACGCCCAGCUCUGAAUUACAAAAGCCCGGUCCUGUUGAACCGCAGUUCAUCCAAGGUGUUUCUCCCCAAGAGCGUGACCAGUGGGAACCUAACUGCUGGUCCCCUUCAAGGCUGUUGUAGCAAACCUGUCUUUAUAAAGCGUGUGAUAAAACAAGAACCUACGACUUGAUGCUUCUGUAAUAGAACUGAUUUCAGAUGAAUUGCUAAAAUGGAAAAAUUAUCAGAUUUGGUUUUUUAUUUGGUCUAUGAAGGAAAUUCCUUAUGGCCUAAUUCAGCAAGAGGUAUCCUGUUCACACUGAAGAUGUCAGCUAUGGAGCAGAAAUUUAAACUGUGGAGGGCUUGGAGUUUGUAUGACUUUUUGUGGCAGCUGGGACUCUUCCAAGUGGCUGAGCAGAGUUACUUAAAAAACAUUAAAGGGAGAUAAUGAUUUCCACUUAGCUGAGGAUAUGCUUUCUUCACUAAGAGUGUGGUUUUUAUAUUUUGUGAAGAGUGUUAUUUAUCGUACUCUUUUGUGACUGCUGGCACUAAUGUAGCAUCUUACAAAUCAAAUACUUGAUUACUGAAGAGCACCAAGAAAGUAGAAGCUGAAUGAAAUAGAUACAGAUGCUCUACAAAUAUAUACAUAUGCAUGAAAACACCUGGAAUUGCUUAACCACCCUCACCCUCUGUCAAAUUCUUAUCAGACCUACCAGAGGACUGUGCCUUUGUUUCCUUUUUUUUUUUUAAACCUUCUUCUAAAUUGAUUUUCUCUGUGAGCUGCAGAUUUGCAUUGGAGGUCUUUCGUAUUUAAUAUUUUUGGCUUAAGAUUCCAGUCAUUCUGUUCUCCAAAGGCAUUACUCAUAGGUGUAGUAUUAAAAUUGGGAUCUCUUUGGUUGUGCAUGAAAUGGGGAAAACAUUCUCAAAGGAGCUGAAAACAAUUUCUUGCUUAAAUGCCAGGUAAUUAGUGUUUGUGUUGUCUCUGUGCCUGACUUGUGAGAGGGUCUUUUUUUUUUGUAUCUCUUCUCACCAACCCCCUUCGUCACAUCAUCUUUGCACUCUAGUCUUUGCCAGUAUAUAUAAUUCACAAGAAGUACACCUUGUUCUUCCUCACUGAACCCUGGCCAGAUAUUUUUGGUUUUAACUUCUUCAGGUCAGUAAACUGGUCCUGUCAUUAUCUUUACUGUAGAUUUUCACAGGUUAGAAAUUCUCAGCAUAGUGGAUGUGAAUAAUUUUCAUCAUAGAUUCUGACAAGAGAUUUUCCAGUAAAUAAAAAUAGAAAACUGGUUAUAGAAUUACACAUUAUGGUUGGUCCUCUUUGGAAGAAGAAACAGCGUAGCAUUUAAAACUGCUUUCCAUAUAUUAACAAUGAAAUAAAAAUUGUUUUUUACUUUUUAAAUGCGUGUACACAGAGGCACUUCACAUGGUUUAUCAUACUAAGGACUUCACUUGAAGUGUUGAUUUUGCUCAGCAGUGGACAAAAUAGGGAAAAGUCGGAGCUGAAAUGACAAAUUGACCGUGGUAAACUCUUAAUUCUGUGGAGAACUUCCUUGCUGGGAUAGGCUUUCAAAUUUUGAAUGAGAUUUAUCACUCAGUUAUAGUGUAUAGUCAAUAUAGACACUGUUUUUAGUCUGUGCAGAGGACUUGAUGCCUGAAUGUUGUAGUUUUUAUCUUGGCUGAUAAUAUUUACUUUUGUGACCUUGUGUCAAUUCUUCAUACUUACUGCAUCAAUUUCCCAGAGUGUAAGACCAACACAGUGCUCCAUUUUCUAAUGGAUCAUGAUAACAGUUAAAAGGUUCUAAAAGUUCUUUAGUGAUCUUAAACUCAUCUGUGGUUGAGAUAGUUGAUCAGAUGUAAUUGUUAAUAUAGAAAUUACUUCUACACAGUCCUGCUUCCUUAGUAGGAGUGCUAAUUCAUUGCAUAAACGACUAGAGGAAAGAAGCAUGGGUCAUUCUGUCAAGCCUAAAAUAAAUCAAUUGGAGAUGGUCAAGAAAGUGAUCCUUUCUAAUGGCAAGAAGAAAAAGUGAAAAAACAAAGGCCAAACAGUUCUCAAAAUAUAGGAGAACUGUGCAGUAACUUCUUCAAGGAUAUUUUAGGGUAACACAGAUUUUGAAAUUUUGGAGAUUCAUGGAAUUAAUAACUCGGCAAAACUGGCAAAAUUAAUCUCUAAAUUGAAUCUAAACUUCCACCAGGAUGGGUAUGUAUUACUGUCCUCUCCCAGAAAAAAGUUACCAUCUUUGUCUCAGGUAGUUGCUUCUUCCAGUAUAUUGGCACUGAACAUUUAUCCUCCAGGAACAAGAGAAGUAUGUUGCCAGAUGAUUCUGUGUUCCCUCUUGCUGCAUACUCUGCUCACACUGACCUGCUCUGGUUCUUACUGCAUCUGGAUGACUGGUGCAACAGCAAAUUGCUGAUGGCUUCAUUCUCCAACACAAAUCUAGUUGGUGACUAAAAUAGAAAAAGGGACUCUAGGCCAGUCUUGGCAUGUCUCUCAUUCAUUCUUUUUGAUUAUCAUUUGGCUUCUAACUUGACUUCCGUUCUGUUGGCUUAUAAUUGGGUAUUUUUGGAUUCUCAUUUGUUAAAUUCUAGUGCUAUUGGCACCAAUUAUACAGUGUCCUCUUACUACCUUCUGGGGUUUUGUAUGGAAGAAUUUUUUUAUUUUUUGUUUUUUAGUAAGAAAGUAUUCCUCAUAUGGACUGGAAGUAUUAUUGCUUCACAAGACCUGGCAUCAUUAUUUACUAAGCUUUCUGGUAAACUUUGAUUUCUAAUUAGUAGAACAUCUUUCUAACUUUCCAGAACUGAAAAAAUCUUUCUCCUCUUUCCGCUCCCACCUAAAGUGUUAAAUAAAUCUUUCCUACAUGUAUUUUAUUUCUAGAAAAAAUGAACCAAAUGCAUAUUUUGCAGCUUUUGUGAAGUCAAUUUUGGUUGUGAGUACAGGGAGCAGGGAGUCAAGUUUCAAGUCAAUGCUGUUCAUGGCAGUACAGGUUAUGCUGUGUGAACAUAAUAAAUUCUAUCAAAAUGGACCUUAUUGUACUCCUCAGUUGCAGUAUCAGCAGAGAACCUCAGAAUAGCAGGGUAACAAGUGUUGAGUCUUUUCCCAUUAUUUUUCUGCUAUAAGUGAACCUCUUGGUGAACCAACAGGUUAAAUAUAGUUUGUUGUCUAAAUUUAGAUUUAUACUUUGGCUGCAAAUUUUAUGCAAAAUCGCCAGUCAUCAUUUAAAAUUAAUUUUAAAAAUCCAAAUGUAAGAAGUAUUCUUCGGAAGAAGUUUACCGUCUAUGUUUCUUGAGUUUUCUAAUUAGAUCUUCUCCUAAAAUAAGAUAGUUUCAUUUCAGUUGCAAAAAAAUCCCUUAAAAGCAAAACCAACCAAAAACCACUAACCAAAAAAAUCCCAACAAACAAAUAAAAAACCCACCAAAAACCCGAACAACAACAACAAACCCCCAGUGCUUAGUCUAAGUCAACUACAUUAAUAGUGACUGCUGUGUUAUUGAUUAAAUUCCAUUUUCUUUUAUGGAGAUGACCCUGAAAACAGUGAAGAGUAACUGGUUCCUUACAUAAUGCUUCCAUAAAUUUAGUUUUGCAUCUCAUUGUCAUAAUUCAGCUUUGGUAGUAGUGUUGUGAAUACAGGACUUGUUUUCCCUGUACUUUCCUGUUAAGUUUGGAAAUCUCAGCUGUUACUUUAAGGGGUACUCGAAUUACUUCUUGUUUAUAUGAAGUUGGCAUGGUAUCUUAAAGUAUGUUAAAUUUUCCUUGCUUAUAUGCACCUUCUCUGUACCAUGUGAAGUGCUUGACUGUGCAGUGUCGAAUACCUGAAGGCAUUGAAAGGAUGCUUUGAAAUGGAAUUUGUUCUUGGGUUUGUUGUGGUUUUAGUCUAGUACCUCUGGUUAUUCUGAACUGAACUGCUUUUCAGUAGUUGCUAAAGUUUUCCAUAUGCAGCUUGGAUGUAUGAUUUUGCUGUGUUACUGUUUUCUUCUUUUCAGCCUUUCUCUCUGCUUCUUGCUCCUAAAGGAGUGGCUGCAGGGAUGUGGAAGGGGAUGUCUUACUACUUGUAUUAGUCUUUCAUCUUCAGCUUUUUCCUGUGUACACACAAAUUUAAGGGUUGUUAUUUGGUCCCAGUCAUUUUAUCCAUGGCCAUUCCAGUGCCUCGGGUUCUUGAGCUGCAUUUCUGAAGGCAUGACAAGCACUUUUACUGUAUUGGGACAAAUGUUAUUGUUAUAGAGGCAGAGGCAUUUUUAAUUAUAUAGCAAAUCUUUAGAAUGGUUUAAAAAUAUUUUAGUACAAAUCCCGAUUAUAGAUACAGGAUUUAUAUUUAUUAUAUAUAAUAUAUAAAUAUAGCUAUGGUUUACUGAGAGAAUCUAUGAAAGCAGUUUUAUUACACUGUAACUUAAGGUAACAGUGAACAAAUCUUAACAGGGUUCAAAAUGUCUGGCAUAAGUCAAUCUUCAAGAAUAGUUUGCAUCAUAUUUAUUAAAACACCAGGUCAGGUGAAGAGUCUUUUUUUUCCUGUUCCUACUUCAUGUGCAAUUUAUUUUCUUAAGGAGUAAGCCUGUUUUUUAGUCUAAAUUUCAUCUGUGCAUUUCACUUUACAGCUACUAUUAGUUUAUUAAAUAAAAGUCCACAAGUGUCCUACCCAUUCCCCAUUGUUUCUGACACACCUUGAUUUCUUUGGUUGAGCUACAGUUUAAUUUAAGCUGUCUUGCUGACUAUUGGAAAUUCAUCUCGUAAAACAUUAAUAAAGUAUAUUUAUACCUCCUAUCACAUUACUCUGCAAUGUGUAACAAACUUUGUGAGUGUCUCUUAGAAAUAAUGUGAACAAAGUUGAUAUGUCAGCGUACAGUUUAUAAGCAGCUGUUAAUUCUAUGUUGUUGAAGCGUUAUUGAUGAAUAUGUUACCUUGCAUUUCAUGGUUUUAUCAUUCAAAAUAAACAUAUACAGUUAUA